AAAAUUCAAAAUAUUGUUUUAACAAUGUCAAAGUGCUUGCUUUGCUUGUUGCUUGUUAUGUUUACGCAUUACGAAUAAAAAAGUAUUUGGAAAGUAAAGCUAAUAUUCAGCUAGUUAUUUAAUUAUUUCAAUCAGUAUAAUACUUAAACCAAUCACUGGAGAACAUACCUAUACCUAACCAUAGAAAAUGGAGACAAUCUUAGAACAACAACGAAGUUAUCAUGAAGAAAGGGAACGGGCUAUGGAUGCAAUGGUUAAAGAGAUUUUGCACAAAAAAACUGGGCAUCGAGAAACAAUCAAUGCAGACCACCGUCUCAAAAAUUUACACGAUAGGUACAUAGAAUCCACAAUAAGGCUCAAAGAGCUGUAUGAGGAUAAGGAUGGCUUACGAAAAGAGGAAAUUGCAGCAUUAUCAGGGCCUAACGAGUUUCAGGAGUUCUAUGCUAGACUUAAACAAAUUAAAGAGUUUCAUAGGAAACAUCCUAAUGAGAUCUGUGUGCCAAUGUCAGUUGAAUUUGAAGAAAUUGCGAAACUCAGAGAGAAUCCUUCAGAAGAUUAUACAACACCAGUUGAAUUCACUGAUGAGGAGGGCUAUGGAAAAUACCUUGACUUGCACGAGUGUUACGAAAAAUACAUCAACUUGAAAGGGAUAGAGAAAGUUGAUUACAUUACAUAUCUAAGUAUAUUCGACCAUCUAUUCGACAUUCCACGAGAGCGCAAGAACAGUGAAUACAGGAACUAUAUACGGGCACUGUUGACGUACCUCAAGGUCUUCGUGAGCCGAGUGAAGCCACUACAGGACCAAGCACAAGAGAUGGCCGCCGCACAUCAAGAGUUUCUCAAGCAGUGGGAAACUGGAAUGUUUCCUGGAUGGCCAAAAGAAACUGGUGGAGCCUUGACAAACAUUGGUGCACAUUUGGAUUUAUCAGCCUUUUCGUCUUGGGAGGAGCUUGCGUCACUCGGGCUGGACAGGUUGAAGUCGGCUCUCAUGGCCCUCGGGUUGAAAUGCGGUGGCACUUUGGAAGAAAGGGCACAAAGAUUAUUCAGCACGAAAGGUCAGACGGCGCUAGAUAAGUCCCUGGUCGCAAAGAAGGGGGCCAACAAAGCCAAGGCCACAACACUGCAGCGGCACAAAGAUAUUGCAGCUAUUGAGGCACAAGUUUACAGAUUCGCAAAUAUAGUAAGCAGUACUCGUACGGCAACAAUAGAGAACGUGACGCGACGUGCCGCCCGAGCCGCAGGCGAGCGUCGCGACGAGAGUGAUGAAGAGAGUGACGCUUCGGUCACUGGCGACGUAGACUCUGAUGACGACGAAGUGCCUUACAACCCGAAGAACCUACCGUUGGGAUGGGAUGGAAAGCCUAUACCCUACUGGUUGUACAAACUGCACGGCCUCAACAUCAGUUAUUCGUGCGAGAUCUGCGGCAACUUCACAUACAAGGGUCCCAAGGCGUUCCAGCGCCACUUUGCGGAAUGGCGCCACGCUCACGGCAUGCGCUGUCUCGGCAUCCCUAACACGGCUCACUUCGCUAACGUCACGCAGAUUGAAGACGCGCUUGCGUUGUGGGAAAAAAUUAAAAACCAAAAGGAAGGCGAAAGGUUUGUUGCAGAAAAUGAUGAAGAAUAUGAAGAUUCCCAAGGAAAUGUUGUUAACAGGAAGACGUAUGAAGAUUUGAAAAGACAAGGGCUUCUUUAAAGUAUUAAAUAGUCUAAUUAUUAUUAUGUAUUCAUAUUGCGAUAAAAUAAGUGUGGAUUAAAAAAAUAAUUACUUAAUCAAA